GCGGCUUCCCGGGUCCCCAGCAGAGGCCUCUACACCCGCGUCGGCAGCAUCCACAACCGCAGAGCCACCGAUGCGCGUCCAGUGACCCGGACAGCUAGGCCCGCGCGCGGCGGGGGCGGCGGCAGACGCCUGGCCACCGUGACUCCAAUUUUGGAUUUACCGCUCGGGGGGUGGGGGGAACCUGGAUUUAACUGGCGGCUGUUUUGGGGGACGCCGGACGCCAUGUUGUGGAAAAUAACCGAUAAUGUCAAGUAUGAAGAGGACUGCGAGGAUCGCCACGACGCGAGCAGCAAUGGGAACCCGCGCCUCCCUCACCUCUCUUCCGCCGGGCAGCAUCUCUACAGCCCCGCGCCGCCCCUCUCCCAUACUGGAGUCGCCGAAUACCAGCCACCACCCUACUUUCCACCUCCCUACCAGCAGCUGGCUUACUCGCAGUCCACCGACCCCUACUCGCACCUGGGAGAAGCGUACGCGGCUGCCAUCAACCCCUUGCACCAGCCGGCGCCCACCGGCAGCCAGCAGCAGGCCUGGCCUGGCCGCCAGAGUCAGGAGGGGGCUGGCCUGCCGUCGCACCACGGGCGCCCGGCCGGCUUGUUACCCCACCUCUCCGGGCUGGAAGGUGGCGCCAUGAGCGCCCGCCGGGAUGCCUACCGUCGCUCGGACCUGCUGCUGCCCCACUCGCACGCCUUGGAUGCUGCGGGCCUGGCCGAGAACUUGGGACUGCACGACAUGGCGCACCAGAUGGAGGAGGUGCAGAAUGUCGACGACCAGCACCUACUUCUGCACGAUCAGACAGUUAUUCGCAAAGGUCCCAUUUCAAUGACCAAGAACCCCCUGAGUCUCCCUUGUCAGAAGGAGCUGGUGGGGGCUGUAAUGAAUCCCAGUGAGGUCUUCUGCUCUGUCCCUGGAAGGUUGUCUCUCCUCAGUUCUACAUCGAAAUACAAAGUGACAGUCGCUGAAGUCCAGAGGCGACUGUCCCCACCUGAGUGCUUAAAUGCCUCAUUACUGGGAGGUGUUCUCAGAAGAGCCAAAUCUAAAAAUGGUGGCCGGUCUUUGCGGGAGAAGUUGGACAAGAUUGGGUUGAAUCUUCCAGCCGGCAGACGGAAAGCUGCCCACGUAACCCUCCUGACAUCCUUAGUAGAAGGUGAGGCUGUUCAUUUGGCUCGGGACUUUGCCUAUGUCUGUGAAGCAGAAUUUCCUAGUAAAUCCGUGGCCGAGUAUUUAACCAGACCUCAUCUGGGAGGACGGAAUGAGAUGGCGACUAGGAAGAACAUGCUACUGGCCGCACAGCAAGUGUGUAAAGAAUUCACAGAACUUCUCAAUCAAGACCGAACUCCCAACGGGAACAACCGGCCCACCCCGGUCCUGGAGACCAACAUCCAGAGCUGCUUGUCUCAUUUCAGCCUGAUCACCCACGGCUUCGGCAGCCAGGCCAUCUGUGCCGCGGUGUCUGCUGUGCAGAACUACAUCAAAGAAGCCCUGAUAGUCAUAGACAAAUCCUAUAUGAAUCCUGGAGACCAGAGUCCCGCGGAUUCUAGCAAAACCCUGGAGAAGCUGGAGAAGCACAGAAAAUAAAACGGGGUGAACAAGGGCUGAAGAGUCGGGAAGGAACAGGACUCCAAAAUCAUCCUCCACCAGGACAGGCUGGGAACCCCUCCUGACUAGGGGACAGAGUUUGUUACCCACCUUCCCAUUAAAAGGCCUCUGUUGAUGACCGGACGUUCGCGGGCCCUCCUGGAUUCCUUAGUGUUUCUCUAGCGCGGAAGUGUCUCCUUAACUCUGGACGAGCUAUCAGAAGGUGACAAGUGCUGGUUCUUGACCCAUUAAGCUUAAAUUUUAUUUUAUUUUUUUGAACCCCCAUUCUUCCUUUCUCUGAAAGUGGUGCUACAAGUUUUCGAAGCUUUUAAAUAAAUCCCCUGGGCUAACAAAAACCCUCACAUACUCAGCUGUUGAAACGUCAGAUUGAUGGGAUUCAGAUCAAUGAUAACUUUCAGUGUUGAGGUAAAAGUAUUUGUCGCUUCUUCAGAUCUCCUCCUACCUGCUGUCAGGGGCAAGGGUGCAGCUCACUUAGCAUCUGGUUAAUAGGCGGUAUCUGACACACUUUAAACCCCUCGCUCAAAGGGGCCCUUUGGGUUUUACGAAACUUGUAGAAACAAAGCCUGCUGAUGAUUUUAUGUUUUUCUUUAAAAAAAAAAAAAAACUUCGAAAGUUAACUCUUCAAAUAGGAGACUCUUUGAAAUGACAUGUUCCUUUAAGUACAGAAGCUUUAUUUUGCAUAUUUAUUUCACAUCUUGGUGUUUUGAGGAAACUUGAAAAGGGUAGGCAUGGAGCUUUUGUUGUUGUUAUUGGUUGCUGUCUGUCAUCCCCAAGUCCCGGAGGAGGCUCUGUAUUUUGAGAAACUUUGUUGAGUGUACAGAUUUUAUUUAUGCAUAAUUUAAUGGGGUCUGUAAAUAUGGGUGCACUUCUUAUGACUUUUUGAGAAAUAGGAUUCAAUUUUAAUAUAACUUUUAAAGGUGACGGGGUAAUUCUAAGACGCAUCUCUAGGUUUUACUCAUAUGUGCACAGAGUAUAAAGAGUUAAGAGGAUCCUGAGCUCUGUUCUCCACUUGGAAGGCUGUUUAAUUGAAGCUUUCUGGUCACUGAAGCAAUAACUGUCUCGUUCCUGUCGGGCUGACCCUGAAGAUGAGUGUGAGGUGCACAGUGUGUGUGUGUGGGUGAAAUGGAGUUUUUGGUAUUGAGCUCCUCGCCUGUAAACGUUCCCAAAAGAAUUGUUGUGUAUACAAAAGCUGUAUAAUAAAAAGUAUUCUCGA